AUGGAUUCCGACGACGACUUCAACAGCCCGCAGUCGAGCGAGGACGACUUCAUGGUCGACGAUGACAGCGACGUGAGCCUACAGGACGACUCCGACCUCGACGUAGAGGACGCCGACGUCGCGUUCGACUCGCAGGACAAGGACAUCAAGCCGAGCAAAAAGUCGUACGAGGUCGACUUCAAGGUCUACAGCCCCGCCGACAUCCAAGCAUACCAGAACCGCGUCAUCGACGAGGUCUCGCAGAUCCUCGGCCAGCCCGCAGAAUCGACCGCCAUCCUCCUACGAUACGCGCGGUGGAACAAGGAGCGGCUCAUCGAACAGUACAUGGACAAGCAGGAGGAGCUGCUCGAGGACGCCGGGCUCGGCGACGAUGUCGAGGGGGUCGUGAAGAUCUCGAAAGCAGGCGCGGACUUCAUGUGCGACAUCUGCGCCGACGACGACGCGGAGCUGGACACGUUUGCCAUGAAGUGCGGCCACAAGUUUUGCGUCCCGUGCUGGAAGCAAUAUCUCUACACCAAAAUAAAGGACGAGGGCGAAGCGGCGCGCAUCAAGUGCCCGGGCACCGACUGCAACCGGAUAGUGGACUCCAAGUCUCUGGAGUUGCUGGUCGCCGCGGAUCUCAAGGAUAGGUACCACGUCUUGCUGACGAGGACGUACGUCGACGACAAGGAGAACCUGAAGUGGUGUCCGGCGCCGAACUGCGAGUUCGCCGUGGAUUGCCCGGUGAAGCAGAGGGACCUCUUACGGAUCGUGCCCACGGUCAUCUGCGAUUGCAAGCACCACUUCUGCUUCGGUUGUUCGCUGAACGACCACCAGCCGGCGCCGUGCGCUUUGGUGAAGAAGUGGCUCAAGAAGUGCGAGGACGACUCGGAGACGGCCAAUUGGAUCUCGGCCAACACCAAGGAAUGCCCAAAGUGCCACUCGACGAUUGAGAAGAACGGAGGCUGUAAUCACAUGACUUGCCGAAAGUGUCGCCACGAGUUCUGCUGGAUGUGCAUGGGCGUCUGGUCCGAGCACGGCACCAGCUGGUACAACUGCAACCGCUACGAGGAGAAGAGCGGCCACGAGGCGCGCGACGCGCAGGCCAAGUCGCGGCAGUCCCUCGAACGCUACCUGCACUACUACAACCGCUAUGCGAACCACGAGCAAUCCGCCAAGCUCGACAAGGACAUCUACCUCAAGACGGAGAGAAAGAUGACGCAGCUCCAAACGUCGUCGGGAAUGUCGUGGAUUGAGGUGCAGUUCCUCGAGCAGGCGUCACAGGCUCUCCAGCAAUGCCGCCAGACGUUGAAGUGGACGUACGCGUUCGCAUACUACCUUGCCCGCAACAACUUGACCGAAAUCUUCGAGGACAACCAGAAGGACCUCGAGAUGGCCGUCGAGAACCUCAGCGAGAUGUUCGAGAAGCCUGUCGAUCAGCUCGCCGACCUCAAGGUCGAGAUGAUGGACAAGACGUCGUACUGCAACCGCCGGCGGGUGAUUCUACUCAGUGAUACGGCAGACAAUCUGAAGUCAGGCAACUGGGAAUUCAACGUGGAUCUCUCAGGCUGA